AUUCAGAUCUAUCUGACGACAACUCAGAAAUCGACAUCGAAGAUCGCUCCUCGCCCGAUUCAGAUAUGCUGCAUGGUCAUCAAUAUAACACAGCCGCCAAUAGCAGCGCCCGCUUACACUUUAUGGUCAACGAGUCGAGUGUCGAGUCGAAUCAGCACUCACCAAAUGGAGACGAACGCAGCAGCAAUCGCAACCCCAUCUCAACCAACAACAGUACUUCCACCACAUCGGCCAAUAAUCACUUAGAACUGCCCACGACGCACCUGCAAACACAUGGAGGUUAUGGGGGCGGCGGUAUGGGUGGUGGUGGCAUUGGUGGGCACAUGCACGGUAGCAAGUUGGGCUUGAAUUUGAAUAAAAGCGGUCGCAAGCCACGACGACGACGCACCGCGUUUACACAUGCACAGCUCGCCUAUUUGGAACGCAAGUUUCGUUGCCAGAAGUAUUUAUCGGUAGCCGAUCGGAGCGACGUGGCAGAGACACUCAAUCUUUCGGAGACGCAAGUGAAAACUUGGUAUCAAAAUAGACGCACUAAGUGGAAACGUCAAAAUCAGCUGCGACUAGAACAAUUGCGUCAUCAGGCCACUCUAGAAAAGGAAUUUGUUGGCGAUGGUACUUCGGGAGCAGCGCUCGGUUGUUGCCCGACGGGUUUAUCGACUUUUAGCUCAACGAAUCCAUGCAAUUUUCUUACUUCGGCGGCAGCGGCGGCUAUCUUUCGUAAUGUCGGCUAUGUGCAUGGCUGCCCGUUGUAAAGCAAGUGGCGCUCCAGGGACGUGAUUUAGUGAAAAUUUUAUGCAA